UACGGUGGUGUGAGAGAAGCAGUGGCAGGCACAGUGUGCGGAUUCCCCGGCUCUCCCCUGGCUCGGUGUCCGCUCUCCCGCUCUGGGCCCCGGCCUGGCCUGGGCUCUGCAGUCCGCAGCCAGCUGCCUCGCAUGCGGCCUCCCCCUUCCGCAUUUUCCUGAGGCUCUGCGGCAGUGACGUGUGCAGCUGACGGCGGCCCCGGCCAGGAGAGCUGCCCGCUCUUUCCCUCUCCCUCCUUCCCCCCUCUUCUCUUUCUCUCAGCCAUCGGCCCCUCCCUUUCUGCCUCUCGCACUCGCUCUAUACCUUCCCCCUCCCUUCGAAUCAGCCAUCGCGAACAGGCCUAACGGACGCGGAGCCCCGGUGCCGGUGUACUGAGGGGAUUCCUGCAGCCAUUAACGAAAAAAUCAGCUAAUGAUUGUUCAGAGUCAUGGAAGAAGAUGUAGCCGAGCUUGCGCUGCAGACAGACCCGCAUGCUUUUUUCCAUACUUCAGGAACCCCUCACCUUAAUGGUAAUGAGAUAAUUGUGGAAAUCCAAGAGACCGUCUUCGUUGCAGAUGGAGACGGAGGCAUGGCUGUUCAAGGAUAUCCCGAUGAUCCUGACUCUGUUGUUAUUCAAGAUGUAAUUGAAGAUGUGGUCAUUGAGGAUGUGCAGUGUUCUGACAUUUUGGAGGGAACACGGGUAUCGGAGACUGUAAUAAUACCAGAGCAGGUUUUAGAAGAUGAGAUCGGCCCUGACACGGAGGAACAGGAACUGGAAGAUGUGUUAUCCAAUUGUGAUGUUCCUGAGAAUGUCUUAGACUCUGAUUUAGUGGAAGGAGCAUUAACUGUUGCCAGCAGUGAAAAUACUAUUCAUCCAGAUCAUGUAGUAGGAGGGGACAUGGCAGAGGAUGGACUUGGUGACGAUAUGAUUUCUGAAGAGGUCCUUGUAGCAGACUGUGCGUCUGAGGCUGUGAUUGAUGCUAAUGGUAUUCCAGUGCAAGGUCCUGAUGGAGAAGAAGUCAACUGUGAUGACUACCUUAUGAUAUCUUUGGAUGAUACUGAAAAGAUUGAGUGUUCAGAAGAAAUUGCUAUGGGUGGUGAAGUGGAUGGCGACCCAGCCAAGUUGGAUGGGUCAUGUCCAGAAGUCAUCAAGGUUUACAUCUUUAAGGCAGAUCCUGGUGAAGACUUGGGUGGAACUGUAGACAUCGUGGAAAGUGAAUCUGAAAAUGAUCCAGGAGAUGGACUUCUCGAUCCUCAUACUGGAGCUCGUCUUCCUCGUGAAAAAAUGGUUUACAUGGCUGUAAAUGAUUCUCAGACUGAUGAUGAUAAUUUGGAUGUAGCAGAAAUUGCUGAUGAAGUUUAUAUGGAGGUGAUUGUUGGAGAGGAAGAUGCUGCAAUAACACAUGAACAUCAGCUGGAUGAUUCUGAACUAAGCAAGACUUUCAUGCCAGUUGCUUGGGCUGCGGCUUAUGGUAAUAAUAUGAAUAACAACCUAGAGGGAGUGGAACACAGGAAUGGCACUGCUAGUGCCCUUUUGCACAUAGAUGAAUCUGAUGGACUCGACAGAUUAUCAAAGCAAAAACCAAAGAAGAAAAGGAGGGGAGAAAACCGUCAGUACCAAACAGCCAUAAUUAUUGGACCUGAUGGUCACCCACUUACUGUUUACCCCUGUAUGAUCUGCGGCAAGAAGUUCAAAUCCCGAGGCUUUCUGAAGAGGCACAUGAAGAACCACCCUGAACAUCUAGUGCGUAAGAAAUAUCGCUGCACUGACUGUGAUUAUACCACCAAUAAAAAAGUAAGCCUGCAUAACCACCUGGAGAGUCACAAAUUGUCUGCUGCGGUUAUUAAAACGGAGAAGGAUCUGGAUUGUGAUGAAUGCGGAAAAGUAUUUCUACAUGCUAAUGCUUUGUUUGCCCACAAGCUGACACACAAGGAAAAGGCGGGCAACAAAAUGCACAAGUGCAAGUUCUGCGAUUAUGAAACGGCUGAACAAGGAUUACUAAACAGACACCUUUUGGCCGUGCACAGUAAGAGUUUUCCACACAUCUGUGUGGAGUGUGGAAAAGGUUUCCGUCACCCAUCGGAACUAAAGAAGCACAUGCGCACUCAUACCGGCGAGAAGCCAUAUACCUGUCAAUAUUGUGACUACAAAUCUGCUGACUCCUCCAAUUUAAAAACCCAUGUUAAGACAAAGCACAGCAAAGAAAUGCCAUUCAAGUGUGAGAUAUGCCUCCAGACAUUUGCAGACUCUAAAGAUCUACAGGCGCAUGUCAUCCUGCAUCAGGAGAGCAAAAGUCACCAGUGCCUGCAUUGUGACCACAAAAGUUCUAACUCAAGUGACCUGAAAAGGCAUAUUAUCUCUGUGCACACCAAGGAUUAUCCCCACAAGUGUGAAGUCUGUGAGAAGGGCUUUCACCGGCCUUCUGAGCUUAAAAAGCAUGAAGCUGCACACAGGGGUAAAAAGAUGCAUCAGUGCAGGCACUGCGAGUUCCAGAUUGCGGACCCUUUUGUGUUGAGCCGACACAUCUUGUCUGUACAUACUAAGGAGUUGCCAUUCAGGUGCAAACGCUGCCGUAAAGGCUUCAGGCAGCAGCAAGAACUGAAAAAGCACAUGAAGUCUCACAGUGGUAAAAAAGUGUAUCAAUGUGAGUACUGUGAGUACAACACCACAGACGCUUCUGGUUUUAAACGCCAUGUCAUCUCCAUCCACACCAAAGACUAUCCCCACAGAUGCGACUACUGCAAGAAAGGCUUUCGACGGCCAUCUGAAAAGAAUCAACACACAAUGAAACAUCACAAAGAGGCUAGCUUAGUGUGAUUUUUGUCUGUGCUGGGUGUUUGCAGAAUAUUGCUAAAAUAUACCCGUUCUUGUAGAGAACAAUGUCAGAUUCAGUUUUUUUCCCUUCUGGUUAUUACUCUAUGUGCCUCCAAACUAAUGCUUAUUUUUAUAUUCCAGUCCUGCUCUUUGUUUAAUAAAUUAACAAAGUUGCAAAUAUGAGGAGACCGCUGGAUAUGUAUGUUCAGUUCUUUGAGUGCCCUUGUUGUUUUAGGUGCUGUUUGUGUAACUGUUUCCCCCUAGUAUUAUGUCCCCUUGCUCCAUUAUGAAAAGCUGUUGGCCUUUGGUGAUGUUGUUUGUGUUCACACAGUGCAGUUUUUAUGUAAUUCAUGGGAAAACAUUGUUAUUUCAUGGAAUAAUAUACAUCAAAAACUGUGCUGUAUAAACAAAGCUUUCAAAGGGGUUUCGAGGAGCCUAAUCAAUAGCUUAGCCUUGGUAUUUGUCAUCUUUUGUGGGGAACAGCAGCGCUCACUAGAAAGGCAUGGCUCCCUCGCAACAAUACUUGACGCAGUGACAUCCUUGCUCUUGAGGCUGUGUCUGGUAUUGCAGCUCAGGACAGUAAAGUGAAUGGGCUAAGCUAGUGUGUCAGACAGAAACUGCAUAGAUGCACCUGCAUACUGUAGUAAAUGGGCCGCAGUUUCUCUUUCUGCUGAUUGUAGCAGUUCCAGAGUUGGGAUCAAAUGCACAUUGGCAGCCUAUCUUAAGAAUGGGUUGUUGGUGCAUAUCCCCUAAAUAUCCUUUACUCUUGCAGCAAGGUCUCUGGAUUAAAAGCAGUAAUAUUAAACCAUUAUAUUAUAAUAAUUACUUAAACCAUUUUAGCAAGAACAUAAAUUCCAUCUAGUCUAGAACUACAUAAUAAUAGCAAAUCUUACCAGAUUCUAGGAGUGUAUAAUAAAUCUACCCAUGUAGGGAGGAGUGUUUAGUUUUCAAUGACAUUUCGCCUAUACUGAGUAUUCAUUCUCCUUGUGCUCAUUUUGGCUUCACAAAUACAUGUUAAUGCUGGACCAUUUCAACAUUUAUACCAGGUUUGCUGCUUUCUCCUUCAUCUGAUUUGUAGUCAGUGUUAUUUACCUGACAUUUGGAUGUUUCUUAUUCUCCUUUUAAAGAAAAAAAGAAAAGAAAUGUCUAUUUCAGAAUAUAUUUCCAGUAUUUUAAAGAUGUUUUUGUUUAUGUUUUCUUUUAAAUAAAUAUUAAAGAUCUUAUACUUCCCAAAACAGCGAAUUGGGGGAAAUAAAUGUUUUUAUUGUAAUAUAGACUAGUCUAAUGGGGGAAAGCUGGAGAAAUUCUUACAAUAAAAGUAUUGAUGGCUAUUAUGUAUAAACAGUUGACAUCUAAAUUAUUUGCAUCAGAAGAUAUAACCUUUAGAAGCUAUGCAGUGCAAUUAUGCAAAGAACAAUGUAGAUAUAUUCACUUAUCGCCAUGAUGACUAGAGAUGACAUGCUAUUAAAAGUGCACCUACAUAUUGUUCAUAUGUACUUCUGUCUGUCCUCUUCAAUGAAUUGGAACAUGGAAUUUUAUGAAAAUUUUAAAUUCUGUUUACACUUGUGAUUUGUUCGGCUUUUUUUUUUUUAUUUGGGUCUUAAAUUAUUUUAAAAAAAAAUUGCACUUUUUAAGUAUAACUUGUAGAGUUUUGCUGCAUGCAGAUCACAUUGUUUUGGAGGAAAAUCAGACUAGUUGCAUAGUAAAUACAGUCGGCAAUGUAAACUUGCUUACAAAAAAGAAUUUAAGUCCCAUUAAUGUUUGUGUCUUCUGUGGAGUUUGUAAAAUAUUAAUGGCACUUUCUUACAAUGGACUUUUGUACUAUAUCAUGAUCCAGCAUGUGGUGACACCACUCUUCUGCUUUAUAUACAGUCUAGAUGUUUUAUUUCUUUGCACAUAUGACACUAAAAGUAGGUAAACUUGUAUGUAUUGAAUGCCCCAUACGUAAUGUUACAAUGUUACAUUUAAGAUUCAUCUAUGUAAAACAUGAUACCUAUUUGGCCCAUUACUUGAUACUAAUGUGAGGGGGUGUCCUUCUUGUCAGUACAGACUGUAUUUAGGACUUUUCUUCUCUUUGAAAUUCUAAUGAAGUUGCUUGUAAUUUACCAGAAUGUAUUAUAUUAAAAUCACUAAAAUUACUCCAAAAUAGACAUAUACCUGCAGUGCAGUGUUUUAUUACAAACAUGAAUAUUAUCCCGUUCUCUUACUACUAUUACCUACUGUUAUAACAUUAGAAUAUAAUCAAGGUUUCACUUCACUUUGUUACAAGAACGGGGCUGUAUUGGUGUAAAUUUGUGUUUUUUAAAGUUUUUUUUUUUUUUUUAACAUUAGAUUCAUCUGGCUUUUGUAAAGACCGCAUCUGUAUAAAGAGGUUGUAGCUAUUAUUGUUCAUACUUGUUUUUUUGUUUCCCAUGGGUUUAGUUUCAGAUAAAAUGUAUGUCCUCCAAAAUUUAAAUAUUUUGGUUGAAUGUUCAAGAGGUACAGCUUGUGUUAUGUUUUUUUUUUUUCCUUUUCUUUUUGUACAAGAACAUUAUGUAAAUUAUUCAUUAGACACAGCCUGUAAAAUAUUGUAUUGUCUUUAUUCUGUGUACAAUUUUGUAUAAAAAGUAAAGCAAAAUCAAUAUAGGGAUGUGAGAUGACAUUGUAAUCGUGCUCUUGAUAAUGUGGUAAAAUAAAGAUCAGAAU